AUGGUGCCUAAGCAUUGCUUUCUAGGCUUCCUCAUCAUGUUCUUCCUGACCAGUGCAACAGGAACGCGGCCAGCCCAUGUCCCUCUGAAGCCUCAGAAGGUCCAAUUUCAGUCCAGAAACUUCCACAACGUUUUGCGCUGGCAGCCAGGAAGCGCCCUCAGCAGCAACGGCAGUGUCUACUUCGUGCAGUACAAAAUGUAUGGACAGAGACAGUGGAAAGAUAAGAAGGACUGCUGGGGGACCACAAAACUCUUCUGUGACCUGACCAAUGAAACGUCAAGCCUGUAUGAGCCAUACUACGGGAGGGUGAUGACAGCCUGGGCUGGGAGCCACUCUGCCUGGAGCAGGACAGCCCGCUUCAUCCCAUCAUGGGAAACAAAACUAGAUCCUCCAGUCGUGACCGUAACUCUAGUUAAUGCAUCUUUGCUGGUCCUUCUCCGUGUCCCAGAGUUGCCAUAUAUAAACCAAAAUGGAAAGAAUGCAUCUACGGAAAUUUACUAUGACUUAGUAUACAGAGUUUUCGUAAUUAACAACGUGCUAAACAAGGAGCAGAAAGCCUAUGAAGGGACUCAGAGAACGGUUGAAAUUAAAGGUCUGACACCUCAUUCCACUUACUGCAUAGUGGCUGAAUUGUAUCAGCUCAUGCUAAACAGAAGAAGCCCAAGAAGUGACGAGAGAUGUGUGAAGAUUCCGUGA